AUGAGUGACGUUAGCGGCUGCUAAUCAGAGCAGAGAGCCAGGCUGGUCUUUAUAAAGCGGAGCGCGGCGGAACCAGACCCAAACCCGUGUGCUCCCGCGCCUACUGUCGCUCUCCUCGCACGCGCUCUCCGUAGACAUGAGUUGGACGCACGCUUUCCGGGACGCUAUGCAAGAAGCGCACGAACCCCUGUUCUGGGUGGGCGCGUGCACCGUGGCGUGCGUUCUGCUGUGGCUGCUGUACAGACUCCUGUCCGGGUUCCGCAUCUGGGUCUUGGGCAACGGGAGCCUGCUGACUCCGCGCCUCGGGAAAUGGGCCGUUGUUACUGGUGCGACAGAUGGAAUCGGGAAGUCCUACGCUGAAGAGUUGGCUCGUCGAGGUUUUGCUCUGAUGCUGAUCAGCCGCUCUCAGGACAAACUGGACGACGUCGCCAAGUUACUCGAGGAGCAGUACAAAGUGGAGACAAAGACCAUCGCUGUGGACUUUGGAAAAGCAGACAUUUAUGGCACAAUCGAGGAGGGACUUUCGGGGCUGGAGAUCGGAGUCCUGGUGAAUAAUGUUGGCGUGUCGUACCCGUAUCCUGAGUACUACCUGCACAUCCCCAACCUCGACAAUUUCAUCACAAACAUGAUCAACGUGAACAUGACCUCUGUCUGUCAGAUGACACGUCUCGUCCUGCCUCGGAUGGUCAACAGGUCCAAAGGCGUCAUUCUGAACAUCUCCUCAGCCAGCGGGAUGUACCCUGUGCCCUUGCUCACAGUUUACUCCGCCACAAAGGCGUUUGUGGACUUCUUCUCUCGUGGACUGCAGGAGGAGUACAGACGCCAGGGCAUCAUCGUACAGAGUGUGCUCCCGUUCUUUGUGGCGACUAAAAUGACGCGCAUCAGGAAGCCCACACUGGACAAACCCACUCCUGACCGCUACGUCCAGGCAGAGGUCACUACAGUGGGACUGCAGAGCCAAACCAACGGCUACUUCCCCCACGCAGUCAUGGGCUGGGUGACCACUAAACUUGUGCCCACCUCCAUUGUGAUUUUUCUGGGCGCAAGGAUGAACCGCCUGCAGAGGACUGGGUACCUCCAGAGACGGAAGCAGAGAGAGCAGAAACAGAACGGAGCCAGCUUCAAGACCGACUAGAAUCGAACCCGCAACCAACUCACCUGUCUGAACCUGUCUCCACCUGUCCAACCUGAGUAAUGAAAGAAUGAAGCCAGCAUCAAGAAGAACUAGAAUCUAACCUACAACCAACUCACCCGUCUGCACCCAUCUGUACCUGUCUCUACCUGUCCAAGCUGAGGAAUGAAAGAACAGGGGCCAGCCUCAAGGCCGACUUUGUGGCAACUAAAAUGACGCGCAUCAGGAAGCCCACACUGGACAAACCCACUCCUGACCGCUACGUCCAGGCAGAGGUCACUACAGUGGGACUGCAGAGCCAAACCAACGGCUACUUCCCCCACGCUGUCAUGGAAACAAUACUACUACAGUACACACACACAUACUGCAAAGCCUGUACAACAGCUAGUUUUACUACUAGAAAACCAGUUACCCCUCCCUCCACCAUUGCCUUCUAUUACUUCUACUUGGUACUGCAUAUACACAUCCCGCACACAUCCCUGUCCAACCUGAGUAAUGAAAGAAUGAAGCCAGCAUCAAGAGGAACUAGAAUCUAACCUACAACCAACUCACCCGUCUGCACCCAUCUGUACCUGUCCAAGCUGAGGAAUGAAAGAACAGGGGCCAGCCUCAAGGCCGACUAGAAUGGAACCCCACACAUCUCUACCUGUCUGCACCUGUCCAACAUCUGUGAGGGAUGAAUGAGCGGAGUCAGCCUAGGACUCAAACCCACAACCAAUUAUCCUGUCUGUCAUGUGUUAAACAGGUUAACAGACAGGUGCAAAUGAUACUGGACCAAGCAAAUGAAAUGAUUCCAUAGAAAUCGGUUUAAAAAGUCCGCGUGCACCCGUCUAAGAUCUAAAAGGAACUGCACCUUUUCUGUCAUAAGAUGUUUGUAAAGUCAAACUACUUUUAUAAAUCUGUCCUUAAAGUGACUUAAAACUACAUUUUAAAGCCUGAGCUCCAUUUUAUCUGUCUGUGUGCACCCGUCUGUGCCUCAGAGACUGAAACUUCUUGGACUCAAAUACAGACAUGAGGUGGUCUUACACAAAAUGUUCCUUUAUAUUGUGUUGAUAUUUUGGAGCUUAAAUUUGAUAUGUUCUGGUCUUGUGUUUGUGACGUCACGCUUGUUCUUUUUCACUCCUGAGCUCAAAUAUGGUUUAAAAAUGUUAAUCUCAAAAUGAAGCUUUGAUUCUGUUCAAACAAAUGUUUUGGAUUUGAGAAAAGCAUUAUUUCCACCUAGGACUUCUUUAAAUGGGUCUCGUGUGGAGCUGCUCGGAAUGUUGCGGUGGAGGGAUUCAGAAAGACUUUUUUUUUUUUUUUUUUUUAUUUAUUUGAAAUUUUCUUUUAAAAAUUGGACAAGUAAAAAUAAACAUGUAAUGUAUUUCGGGAUGUGUCUUAUUGUCUUGUAUUAAAUAUAUGAAAUACUGUAAUCUCCAGAGUUGAAACGGUGAAAAGACGAAUGUUUGUCAGAUUCACUGUAUUAAUUUUGUAUUUUAUUUUUUUUCACCAAAUGUGCCUUUUUUAUUUUAAUCUGAACCAAAGUCACAAAAACUGCUUUAAACUUAAACCUGGUCAAAGCGAUGAGUGGAACUGUGGAGCUGAUGAGCCUAAUGAAUCGUGUCAGACAAAAGUGAAGCCAAGUGUUUUUAAAGGUGCUUUUCUGAAAUGUUCAAAUGCAGUCUGUAUUUUCUAUGUUUGUAAAUAAAAAAAUAAAAUUGGGAAAAAACUGC